AUGGCUUCUCAGCUCGCGCUCAUCGAGUCGUCUACACGCACAACGUUUGAGAAGCAAGUGUGGUCGCUACUAUGCCAGAUCCCGCGGGGCAGUUUCUCAACGUAUGGCAUCAUAGCUGCACAUCUCAAGUCGUCGCCGCGGGCUGUUGGUAACGCGCUGCGUCGAAACCCGUUCGCGCCAGAAGUGCCGUGUCAUCGUGUCGUGGCUACAGGUGGUGCGCUGGGCGGGUUCAAGGGGAAGUGGCCUAAAAAUGGAGAGGGUAUUACUCUUGAUGAGAAGAGGAAGCUGUUGAAGGGUGAGGGAGUGAGAUGGGAUGAUAAGGGUAAGGUUAUUGGGACACCGUUUGGAGGAUUCGUUUGA